AGCGCCAGAAGAGAGAGACUCUGGAGCCGCCUUGCCUUCUCCUCCUCCCCUCGAUCGAUGCCUCGGCGGGGGAUUAUCCUGGCCUGGCAAGAUGGCCUCCUCUGAGCAGGCAGAGCAACCUGGGCAGCAGCAGACUGGCUCUCCUCCUGGAAAUGAGACUGGAGCGUCCCGAGAAGCUUUGAUCGCAACAGCAGUGAAGUUUCUACAAAACACCCGGGUCCGCCAAAGUCCGCUUGCAACUAGAAGACUGUUUCUUAAGAAAAAAGGACUGACGGAUGAAGAAAUAGACCUGGCCUUCCAGCAGUCGGGCACAGCCAAAGAGGAGCCCCAAUCUCUAAGCCUUUCUACGCAGCCAGUGCUGCCUCAGCCCCCUCAUCUGGUCCCACACAGCCCCCCGAGCUCCAGAUGGCGGGAUUAUGGCGCACUAGCAAUCAUCAUGGCUGGCAUAGCUUUCGGCUUCCACCAGCUCUACAAGAAAUACCUGCUCCCUCUGAUCAUGGGAGGCAAAGAAGACAGAAAACAACUACAGAGGAUCGAAACGAACAUCUCCGAAAUGAGUGGCAGUGUGACGCAGACAGUGACUCAGCUUCAGACAACUUUAGCAUCUGUCCAGGAACUUCUCCUUCAGCAACAGCAGAAAAUCCAGGAGCUCACCCAAGAACUGGCUGCCUCUAAGGCCACAACAUCCACCAACUGGAUCUUGGAGUCUCAAAAUAUCAAUGAGUUGAAGUCUGAGAUCUAUUCGCUAAAAGGUCUCCUUCUGAACAGGAGGCAGUUUCCUCCUUCACCGUCGGCACCCAAAAUCCCGUCGUGGCAGAUCCCGGUCAAGCCCUCCUCACCUUCCAACGCGGUCACCAACAACCACAACACCAGCAGCGACAUCUCGCCGGUCAGCAACGAGUCCAACUCUUCUUCCCCUGUGAAAGAGAACCACAGCCCCGAAGGGCCGAAGGUCAGCUGCCAUUUGCUGGGCCCUGCGGAAGAAGGCGAGGCAGUGAUCGACCUGAAGGGCCAGGUGCGGAUGGAGGUCCAAGGGGAGGAGGAGAAGAAGGAGGACAACGGGAAGGAGGAAGAAGAAGAGGAGGAGGAGGAGGAGGAAGAGGAGGAUGACGUCAGCCACGUGGACGAAGAAGAGUGCUUGGACGUCCAGACGGAGGACCGGCGAGGAGGAGACGGGCAGAUCAAUGAGCAGGUGGAGAAACUACGGAGGCCUGAGGGAGCCAGCAACGAGAACGAAAUUGACUAAAGCGACAGGGAAGGUGGCUCCCACCUCACCCCACGCCUCUUGCCCAUUUUCCAGUCUGUGGGCCUCUCCUACCCAUCCAGGAUGAUCUUGUCUCACCUCCCUGGUUCACCUCAAGUAGUGCUGUGGCCUAGUGAGCCAAGCAGCCUACAGGCCACCCUCCACCUGACCAGCUGCUCCUCACCAUGGCUCCCCCUCUUCCCACCGCAUCCGCUUCUGUCUCACAUCCCACAUCUAACCCGGGACUUGGUUGCCACUCAGCCUGCACCGCAGCUUAGGGAAAUGGUUCUCCUUGCUCAUGACGCACACCCAGAUACUAAUCUGUGGAUCAAAUGUGGAAUGAUUCCCCCAAAGCCAAGAAUGUGAUGUUCUGCCUUCCUUUCCAUUUCCCUGGUGGCUCUUCCCCAUCCUCUCUUCCUUCACUUCACGUUCUCCAAUCCAGACUUUGCUCAGCAAGGACUCUCAGCCUUUAGAAACGCAAAUGUUCUCAUGGUUUCAUGCGUCUCUAUUUUCAGACCAUGCUUUUUUUCCCCCUGAACAAAGCAUGGAGUGGAAAAACCUCCCUUUCCUCUCCUUGUUCUCCUGGCCCUUCAUUUCCUAGUGUCUUGGGAACAAAAGUGUGUCUGCUUCGUAGCCACUUUGCUUUUGUACACCUUUGUGGAUGUCUUGGUUUGCUGGGGUCAGGGAUUGGAAGGAGCCAUUUUGAGAACUCCUGGUUUGUUGGCCAAGGGUCUCGGUCUCACAACCGAGGCUCAGGGUUGCUGCUUUCAUCCUUUUUCUAUUUUCCACUUCUUCUCAUUGAAAUCUAUGUUCUUAGCAUGGAGAGGAGAGGAGGAGCCAGAACCUUACAAACCAGAGGAGAGGGCCUAAAUCUCUCUAGGGCUGCCAGCUGCUGACCCAUGAGGUGAAUCUUUUAGGGUUAAAAUUAUUUCCCUGCAUGGGGAAAGGAAGCCAAAUCCAACUCUCUCCUUCCAGUUUAGGGCUGCUAUAAGGCCCCUGGUUAUUGAUCUUUCAAUUCUUAAGUUUCCAGGUCUGUCAAAUGCAAUGGGAAAGUUGCACAUCUGCUGUCCCUUCACGAUCCAAGGGCCACAUGCUCUCCGUUGUGGUGGCCCCUUCCUCACAUCGCACCAGUGUCUUCCCUCUUCAACUAGACCCUCAUUCCGUCUCCUCUCACUUUUGCCUUAUCGGCUGGAGAAAACGGCAACAAACCACCGGGUUUUUUAGAAACCCCCCGUUUCGCAGCAUCGUGUUGUCGGCUGUUUCCCAAUGGUGUCCGGUUUCUGUUCACUUCAUUAACAGGGGAGCAAAAGGAAAAAGUAAUGGAGCCUCGAAUCCUGUAACACCACGAGGCUCUCGCUGCUCCUCAAUCCUCACUGAGGGGGAAAUGGAAAUGUGCUUGUCUGUGUGAUCAUGUAUAGAAUUCAACUAUAAAAUAUGAUUGUAUAUAAUUGUAAUAAAUAUGAGUUACCACUAUAUAAUGCCAGGCGGUGACUUCUAUGGCUGUGGUUUACUUCUUUCUUUCUCUCUCUGGUUCUUUUCUUUCUCUUCCCUUGCAAUCCGCUGCUUACUUUCAGCUGGGAAAUGGGCUGAGUAACGGAGAGAACCAAGACGGGUUCCAGGACUGAAAUCCCCCUCGUUCCUUUUUAAAAUGUAGAUCGUGGCUGUUAAAUCUUUUUUAAACAGUAAACAGAUUCUGUGUCCAAACCA